UACACACCAUUUCCCAAGUCUCUCUCUCUCUCUCUUCUUGUAUGCGACUGUGCGAUUCCGAAUCAUCAUUUUAAUGGCGUGAGCGAGAGCAAGAGGACGACUGUACGGCCUCUCCUUCCAUAACCGUAGCGACACGAAGAACCCUAGGCCCUUCUUUCACCAUCACCUCUCCCCUCGGUCGCCGGGCUCGUGAUUUCAAAAAAUGCCAAGAGUCCCUUGGUAAGAUCAGAGAACCGCCACUGAUAUGGAGAAACAGUAAUCGUCACCAUCAUCUUCUUCUUCUUCCUUUUCGAAACCCUUACCGUUUCUAUUUUCUCGAAACCUUGUUUUCUUCUGCAGAAUUGUGAUGUGGGUUUUGGGUUUCUGUUAAAAAUUUCGACUCUCCUCUGUUACUCUCGUGGGUGUCUCUGUAGGAAGAACAUCACUGUGUUGUGGCUCGCGAUAUGUCUGUGAAAUACGAGAAAGAGACAAGGACCACUGCCAUGAUGAUUAUGAAUGAGUUUCCAGAAGCUUCCUCCGCUUCUUCUCCGUCCCGUUCUCCUCCUUCUCCUCCCCCAUUAGAGGAGAUCCUCAGAACCUCGUCACACUCUUCGAACCUCCAUCUCUUUCCCCAAAAUAUCAUCUGCGGAGUCUCAUCUUCGAGUAGGGUCUCUUACCGGUCUUCUUCCGAUCAUUCUCUUUCGAGCUCCUUCUCUAAGGGGUUCGGCUCCUCCAACGGUGGUUCUCCCUUCGCUUCUCCUCCGUCCGAUGCGACCGCUAAGUACUAUCAUGCUUCGACGGUUGGUCAUCACUCUGAUGGACUGUUUCAUAAGGAUUUGAAUAGUUUCUAUGAUGAGAAUCUGGCUGAUGAUCUGGGUCUCUGCGAAAAUCUCUAUCUGAUGAACAUCAGGGACGAUUUUGAAGAAGAGAAGGCUCGUAAUGGACGACCCGAGAAUCAGGCAGAUGGUCUCCGGUCUAUCCCCGGCACGGAACAUCCACUUUACAACCUGGAAAAAUGUGAACGGCUUAAUGGAUUCAACAAUGGUGGAUUUGGUUCCGGGGGCUUUCCGUGUGGGGUUCCCUCCAGUUUUGGUGUUGAUCAGCCUGCAUUCUUCAAUAAUCUAAAAGGGUCUAGUGUUAAUGAUCAUAACUUCUCACAGAAUAUCUGGUUGAACACUGGUCUAUACAGCAGCCAGAGCAAUUCUGGAUUCGACCAGAGAAAGAAUGAUAAGAGAAACAUUCUUGGCAUGAGCGUUCCUUUGCUGAACCCUUAUAGUAAUCCUUACAUGGCAGAUUUGUUCGACAGUUCUCAACAACUCGGGUGGCAGAGCUACGCAGGCAAUGUGAGCCCUCACAUCAACGAACCCUUUGCCGGUCUGGACCUGUUCAGGUGGGGUUCAAACCGAGGGAGGGAGCCAGUCUACCCAUUCCCUUCUCAGCAUAUGGCGCAACGGGGCAUUUCUCACAAAAUGAGCUUCAAAGCAACGGACUUUCCGCCAUUCUUCUGUGAAGAUACUGUUGGAUUGCCAAACACCAGAGUUCCUCAGUCGAUGGUUUCUGCUAAAGGUGUGGAGCCAUUCAGUUGUGACGACAGUUUGUUCAUGCAAGGUAAAGGCUUGAACUAUGGCGCGGAAGGUUACCCGAUUCAACCGAUGGUUCCUAGGAGAAGCGGCCGGACAUUCUUGGGUCUUGGCAACACAGAGUUGCGUCCAUGCCUGCUAAACAUGUCCGAAAUCCAGGGUUAUGUGUACUUGAUGGCUAAAGAUCAGCACGGUUGCCGAUUCUUGCAGAGGAUAUUUGAUGAGGGAAAUGCUCAAGCUGCCUCGAUCAUAUUCAACGAGGUUAUUGAUCAUGUCGUUGAGCUUAUGAUGGACCCUUUUGGAAAUUACCUCAUGCAGAAACUGUUGGAUGUCUGUACUGAAGAACAAAGGACCGAGAUCAUCCUCUUGGCCACUGCAGAACCUGGACAGCUUAUCAGGGUAUCCUUGAACGCAUACGGUACCCGGGUUGUCCAGAGAUUAGUCGAAACAAUCAAAACCCGGAAGCAGAUUUCGCUGGUGAAAUUGGCUCUGAGACCUGGUUUCCUUGAACUCAUCAAGGAUUUAAAUGGGAAUCACGUGAUUCAACGUUGCUUGCAGUGCCUUAGUACGGAAGACAACAAGUUCAUCUUUGAUGCAGCCACGAAGUUCUGUGCUGACAUCGCAACCCAUCGACAUGGCUGUUGCGUUCUGCAAAAGUGCAUUGCUCAUUCCAUCGGACAGCAGAAGGACAAGCUCAUCUCUGAAAUCUCCAGAAACAGUCUCCUCCUAGCCCAAGACCCUUUCGGGAACUAUGCGGUCCAGUUUGUCAUAGAACUGAGGGUUCCUUCAGCCAUAGCGACGAUGCUGACUCAGUUAAAAGGGCAUUACGUGCAGCUUUCCAUGCAGAAAUUUAGCAGCCACGUGGUGGAGAGAUGCCUCACCUACUGCCCCGAGAGCCGUCCUCAGAUCAUACGUGAAUUGGUAUCUGUUCCUCAUUUCGAUCAGCUUCUUCAAGACCCUUUUGCCAACUUUGUCAUCCAAGCCGCUCUUGCUGUCGCUAAGGGCCCUCUUCAUGCUUCGAUCGUGGAAGUUGUAAGACCUCAUUCGAUUCUCCGUAACAAUCCGUACUGCAAGAGGAUUUUCUCAAGGAAUCUCUUGAAGAAGUGAAGACUCUCGUACGACUGUAAUUCCAAUCUUUGUUGUUGUUUCCUUCUUCCCCACGGCCCCCCCUUUUUUUUUUUGGUUGUCGUUCCAUGAAUAACCCAAACCAAAACUUGACAAAACACUCUUUGUUUUGUAUCGUUUCCUGUUGUUUCUUCUCAUCUAAUUGUGUUUUCUUCUCUAAUGUGGAA